ACACCCCUCUCCUGCUCUAAUUGGUACAGUCCAAUAAGAUAAAUCAAUCACAGGUGCUCCACCAAGGUGUAGGACAGUAAGUGUCCCGCCUGUUAACCGAUAGUUUUGUCUGUGACGACGACACAUCUGCCAUAUCUGAUUAAAUAUGGGGGAGAGGUUGCAAAGUCCAAAAACCUACGCUUGCUCUUUUUUGGAUUGUAAAGCUGUAUUUAGUAAGUCCUGGAAGUUGGAAGCACAUCUUUGCAAACACACAGGACUGAAACCCUUCUCCUGCGAGAACUGCGACCAGAGCUUCUGCACUCGCUACCAACUCUCCAGACAUGAGCUCCAUCACAGCGGGGACAAACCGCACAAGUGUCUGGCCGACGGAUGCCCCAAGGUGUUUGUCACGAAUGCCAGCAUGAAGAACCACGUGGCUCGAGUUCACCAGCAACAGGAGAAACAAUAUCCGUGUGACCAUCCGGGCUGUGGAAAAGGUUUCAACAAGAGGAACCAACUCAAAGCCCACAAGUGUGAGCACCUACAGAUUCUGCCGUUUCCUUGCACCAUUAGUGGCUGCACAAAAGCACUUCCCACCCAUGGAAAGCUAAAGCGUCAUGAGAAAGUACAUAGAGGAUACCCGUGUGAGCAGGAAGAAUGUCCUUUCCAGGGAAAGACUUGGACAGAAUAUCUGCAGCACAGGAAAGAACAUAAAGUCAAGGUGCAGUGUGCAGAGUGUAAGAAGCUGUUUAACAACGCAUGGUUCUUGCACCAGCAUGAGCUGCGCGUCCACUCGGGGGAGAGGCAGCACCUGGUGUGCCCGAGGGAGGGCUGUGGGAAAAAGUUCACGCGUCCCUUCAACUUGGAGAGUCACGUACUGGGAGACCAUGAGGGCAAGAAGCCCUUUAGCUGUGCAUACGCUGGCUGUGAGAAAAGCUUUGCUAUGAAGGAGAGCCUGUGGCGACAUGGUGUGGUGCAUGACCCGACCAAGAAGAAGCUGAAGAAAGUUCCUAAAAAGAACCCGUCCUGGCGCAGGGCCCUGCAGGUCAGACAGGCCAAUCAAGCAGAGGCCAACAAGCUUGCGGAGAAGCUGCACAACGCAACGUUAAAGGCUGACUAAUCUCGAGGCCUGCAUUAUAUGAGUAACUGCUUGAAUGCGUUUAAGGAAUGGUUGAUGCAAAUCCCAUAUUUUCAGUUGAAUAUACUUUUGUUAGGAAAAUAAAGCCUUGUUAAUGAAGCACUAAA